AUGGCAGAGAGGAGACAGAUGGGCUACAGCGUGCACAGGGAGAUCCUGGACGAAGGAGUAGUGGAUGAGAUGGCAGAAAAGUCAGACUCAAAAACAUCUUUGUCUGAGAAGGCCAAAAAGUCGAUGAGGUGUUCUGGUCCCAAGUUGAAGAGCUGCCUGCUGGGUAGCAUUCCUGUUUUAUCAUGGCUGCCUCGUUACUCUAUCAGAGAAAACGCCCUGGGUGACCUGAUUGCUGGAAUCAGUGUGGGAAUCAUGCAGUUGCCGCAGGGUAUGGCCUAUGCCCUGCUAGCAUCUGUUCCUCCAGUCUUUGGCCUUUACUCCUCCUUCUACCCGGUCCUUAUCUACUUUCUCUUUGGCACGUCGAAGCACAUCUCUGUCGGAACAUAUGCCGUAAUGAGUGUGAUGAUAGGAGGGGUGACAGAGCGAUUAGCCCCAGACUCCAACUUUAUGAUAUAUGACAAUGUGACCAACUCCAGUAUAGUCGACAUCAUCUCCCGGGAUGCAGAAAGGGUCCGAGUGGCCGCAGCUGUCACCUUUAUGUCUGGAUUAUUUCAGAUUCUGCUCGGUCUAGUCCAGUUUGGUUUUGUUGUGACCUACCUGUCUGAACCACUUGUCCGUGGUUACACCACAGGAGCUGCCAUCCACGUCAUCGUGUCCCAGCUCAAAUAUACCUUUGGCAUCAACCCUAUGAGAUACAGUGGAUCCUUCUCAUUGAUAUAUACUGUGUUGGAGAUAUGCUCUCUCAUUCCACAGACAAACAUUGGUACUCUUGUUGUCAGUAUCGUCGCUAUAAUCGCCCUCAUCCUCGCUAAGGAGCUCAACGCAUACUUCAGUAAAAAACUACCUGUUCCUAUACCUGUGGAGCUGCUUGGUGUUGUUAUUGCUACAUUGAUCUCCUGGCAAGUUAACUUGGAGGAUAAAUAUGGAGUGGAUGUGGUGGGACUUAUUCCCUCAGGCCUCCAGCCACCUGUUCUCCCAACUUCCUCUCUGUUUGGUAAGGUGAUCGGGGAUGCCUUUGCUCUGGCUGUGGUUGGCUACGGCAUCGCAAUCUCACUUGGACGAAUCUUUGCCCUGAAAUAUGGAUACAAGGUGGACAGCAACCAGGAACUUAUCGCCCUGGGUCUAAGUAACUCCAUCGGAGGAAUUUUCCAGUGUUUCGCCAUCAGCUGCUCUAUGUCUCGCACCAUGGUUCAGGAGAGCACAGGAGGGAAGACACAGGUUGCUGGGGCUCUUUCAGCAAUUAUUAUCCUUUUCAUCACGCUGUGGAUUGGAACGCUCUUUGAAGAUUUGCCGAAGGCAGUGCUGGCCGCCAUCAUCUUUGUAAACCUCCAUGGUAUAAUGAAGCAAUUCAUGGACAUCCCUGCACUGUGGAGGAGCAACAAAGUGGACAUGCUGAUAUGGGUGGUCACUUUCAUACUUACCGUGCUAUUCAACCCUGACCUGGGGCUGGCUGCUGCCAUUGGUUUCUCCAUGCUCACCGUCAUCUUCAGGACACAGCUACCAACAUACUCCUUAUUGGGGCAGGUCCCAGAUACUGACAUUUACAGGCCACUGGAGGACUACAAUCAGGUGAAGCGGAUGCCAGGGAUUUUGAUCUUCCGUUCCUCUGCCACUCUAUACUUCGCCAAUGCUGAGAUGUACCAAGAAGCCCUUGGAAAGAAAUCUGGCAUUGACAUUACUAAGAUCCUGUCAGCAAAAAAGAAACUAGAGGCCACAAGGAAGAGACAUGAGAAGAAAAAUGAGAAGAAAGCUGCCAAGAAGAAUGCAGUGGACAUGGAGGGGGAGCCAGAGAGGGAGGAGAAGAAGGACAUUGCCAUCAUUAAGAUGGAUGACGAGCCCGACCCCUCAAUUCCCAGAGCCAUCGUCCUGGACCUCAGCCCCGUCAACUUCCUGGAUACUGUUGGAGUCAAGGCGCUACGCAGUAUCUGGAGAGACUAUGGUGAAAUUGGUAUAGAGGUGGUUCUUGCUGGCUGCCAAAUUGGUGUCGUGGACAACCUGCAGACAGGAGGUUUCUUUAAUGACAAAGUGACAAAAUCCUGUCUCUUUGCCACUGUCCAUGACGCCGUUUUGCACUGUCAAUCUGCCAGAACACACAGCCAAGAUGAGCUGAUGUACUCAGAGAUCUCAGCGACACAUUUGUGAGUCCUGAGAGGAACGAUGGAGGAUAUUAUGAAGAAGUGUCAGACAGUCUUUAUCCAGGGAGCUUCAGAUUUC